AGUCAAGCCGUGUCUUCCCGGACAUCCCCACUUUCUCAGAAGCUUCACCAAAACUGCCCGUCAGGAAAGCAUGGAAUCCAAUAGGAAUCAAGGUGGAAUUCAGCAAUUGCUUGCUGCAGAACAAGAAGCUCAACAUAUUGUCAAUGCUGCCAGAAGUGCAAAAAUGGCCAGGCUGAAGGAGGCCAAGGAGGAUGCUGAAAAAGAGAUUGCUGAGUAUAGAUCACAAAUGGAGGCGAGGUUCCAGGGGAGACUUGCAGAGAGCAGUGGAGAUUCAGGUGCUAAUGUGAAGAGGCUCGAAAAAGAGACAGAGGCUAAGAUUCAGCACUUGAAAACUGAGGCUGCAAGAAUAUCAGAUGAUGUUGUCCAAAUGCUUCUAAAGCAUGUAACAACUGUGAGGAAUUAACUGAUGGUAAAGGUAUGAAAAACACAAUAGGAGUCUGAUAUCCUUUAGCAUGGUCCAUCCUGGGUUUUAGUCAACCUGUGUGCCGUUGUACUAGUCACCUUGUAUUCUUUCUUAUAUUAGACUUCUCCUGGCAAACCAAAAUUUCAUUUUAAGUGGUCCUAGCCUAGUCCCAUCAUAAUCUGUAGGUGACUCAUGACUGAUCCAUAAAAUGGAAGGUACUUGCUUCUGUUACCCAAAAAAGGGUGCAAUAUAAUGCCUUUGCCUUCCAAAUAUGCACAUCUGCAUGAACUUUUUCAACAAACUGGGACACCCCCUUUCUUAU